CUGCUCGAGUGUGUCUCAGGAAAGCAGUUUGGACUCAGCGGAGAGUAACAGACGACAUGUACCUUUUCCACGUCCGAGGGCUUUUUCUCACUCUGUGUUUGGCUCCAGCUGUGUUAUCAAGUCUGCAUCCUGAAUGUGAAUACAUUUUUCAGCUGGAGAAAGAAGAGCGUCACUGCAUUCAGUACAUUGCAGAACAGGGGAACAGAAGCACAGAAGGUUGUUGGCCCUUCUGGGAUGCAGUCACCUGCUGGCCUCAUGCAGUUGUUGGAGAAACUGUACACAGAGCUUGUCCUGCUGUCUUCUCCCUCUUCAGAAAUAAUACAGGGUCGGUGAGCCGAAACUGCACAAGUGGAGGUUGGUCAAGGCCAUUCCCACCCUAUCAUGUUGCCUGUAAUGUGGAUGAUGACAUUCCUGAGACAGAGGAGUCUUACUUUGCCUCAGUGAAGCUCAUAUAUACCAUUGGCUACAGCAUCUCUCUAGUGGUGUUGGCUGUUGCCGUGUUGAUCCUGCUGCUCUUCAGGAAGCUCCGUUGUGCCAGGAACUUUAUUCACAUCCAGCUCUUUCUUACUUUCAUCCUGAAAGCUGUGGCCGUAUUUAUAAAGGAUGCUACUCUGUUCUCAAGUGAUGACACCAACCACUGCACCCUUUCCACAUUUGCCUGUAAAGCCUCAGUGGUCUUCUGUCACUACUGUGUAAUGGCAAACUUUUUUUGGCUCCUGGUGGAGGCACUUUACCUCAAUUCCCUGCUGCUCUCCUCUUUCUACCAUAGCCGCCGAUGCCUCUGGGGCUUCAGCUUGCUGGGAUGGGGUGUGCCAGUGAUCUUCAUAGUCCUGUGGAUUGGCUCCAGGGUGUAUUUUGAGGACACAGAAUGUUGGGAUAUCAAUGAGGACUCACCCUAUUGGUGGAUCAUCAAGGGGCCGAUUGUUGUCUCUAUAGCGGUCAAUUUUAUGCUCUUCAUGAAUAUCAUCAGAAUUCUAAUACAAAAGCUCAAUCCACGCCUGAUCCAGUUCAACAACUCCUCUCAGUACAGGCGCCUGACAAAAUCCACCCUCCUCCUCAUCCCUUUGUUUGGAACUCACUACAUGUUCUUCAAUUUUCUGCCUGACUACUUCAGUGUUAACUUGCGCCUUUGUAUUGAGCUCUGCAUGGGAUCCUUCCAGGGGCUUCUGGUAGCAAUUCUUUACUGCUUUCUAAAUCAAGAGGUCCAGAAAGAGGUCCACAUGCAGUGGCUGAGGUGGCAGGAAAGCAGUUAUGGGGUGGUGUCUCCUGCUCCGAAAGGCAGCCAGAUGGACACGCCCUUCUAGAACUCUGACGUGUUUUUUACUUCAUCCUGUUGGACCUUUGCUGAAUAUUUGCAAAGAAUUGAUUCUGCGCACAUCAUAAUUUCUAACGAGCUGUACGUAGCACACACAAUAACAGAGGUUGUCGACCAUGCAUCACCGAAGCCGGAGAGCCUGGAAGUAAUUUCGGACUGAUUCACUGACUGUUCUCCUUCAGUCAGAUUGAAUGUACUGAGGUGAACUAUCAAAGGGAGAAAAAUUCUGAAAUCCCUUGACAUUUUACACAUCCUACAAGCGAGCGUCUGUCAGUUUCUAUCUGCAUUUCCCAAAGGGCACUGUGACAACUGAAUUAGAAUUUAAAACAUCCUUGGAGGCAUCAAAGGUCAAAUUAAAGAAUAAUCAUUUUGCUUAGCCCAGCAAUUAUGUAACCAUCAAUUAGCAAGUAAAAUGUUUCAUUCUGUGUUGUUGUUGUUUUUUUUAACCAGCAAAACUGCACAUUAGCAUUUUAAAUGCUUAACUAAGACCUAGUAUAUUAAAAUCUGAUUUCAUCUGUUCUUAGCCUGCAGGACACUACGCAGACUUUUUCUUAUGACGCUGUAGCUUUAGUGCCAGGUGACACACAAAUGACUCACCUCUUUAAUCACUCAAAUUACAAUUAAAAUGUUUUAUUCUUAAUGGCUUUCAUAUUAUUCAUUGGUAUUAAAACAUUAUUGGGCACACAAGGGAGAAGUAUUGUACAAAUUUUGAUACUUUCUUCAGUCUUUUGCCUCUUUUAUGUAUUUACUCGGGCUGUUUUUCAUUUAAAAAUGGAAACCUGCACACUCAACCUUAAAUGGCAUGUUGUUGAAAUGCACUGUACUGCAGACUUUGAAGGUUAAAACUAAUGCAGCAUGUUGUGUUCUGUCAAGUUGUGUAGUCAACCAAAGUGAACAAAUGAUCUGCAGCUCCACUGCCAUCUGCUAUUCAGCACUGAAAUGGAAAAAAAAAAAAACAAGGAUUUAUUGUGUUAAUAGUUCCAAAAUGUUUUUGAUACAUCAUAUUCAACUUCACACGCUAAUGUAUUGUACAGUGCUUUCAGCUGCAUGAUAAAAGAAUAAUAAUAUUGCAUAAAUAAAAAUCAUUUUUACAUCUUGUUUGGUGGGAAAUAAUCUGAUAAAAUGUUUGUUUUUUCAGGUCUACACUGUGCGCAGUUUAUUUUACUCUGAAGUUUAUUUUAUGUAAAUGAAUCCUUAUUUAUAAAGUGAAUGUAAAAGCUUUUAGACUGUUCCUUGAUCAGUCUAACAGUUUUAACUGAGCCUCUUUCUUUGAUCUUUUAAAGCCUUGUACCAUG